AUGCUUUUACCAUAUGAAGCCUACACACAUCAGUCGUUGCCAGCCGAUCCUCCCAAUGGGGUUCAGGCAGCACCGGCUCCAACAUUGGAAGCUCCCCAGCAAGAGCAAGCAGAGCCACAGCCUCCACAACGCGAGCCAUCCGAACCAUUAAUGGGUCAUCCUGGGCAUGUACAGCAAACAAUAAAAGCGCCUGUUGAUGAAGAGAUUUGGUUUGACGUGGGGAUCAUCAAAGGAACGUCCUGUGUUGUUACCCAUUACUUUCUACAUGGAGAUCAAUCAUUGGAAAGUACUUAUGGGAAUGAUUUUGAUGUUGGGAUGCAUGCUGGGCAAGUCAACUUCUUGCGAAAGGCAGAGCUGGAACCCGGUACUGCUUAUCGGUUUCGCGUUGCGGGUAUAAACUCCAUAGGACGCGGCCCAUGGAGUGAGGUCUCCGCUUUCAAGACUUGCCUUCCCGGUUUUCCUGGAGCGCCUUCGUCUAUCAAGAUCACCAAAGGACAAGAGGGUGCUCAGCUUACAUGGGAGCCUCCGCAGAAUGUUGCAGGACGCAUUUCCGAGUACAGUGUUUACUUGGCUGUGCGCAAUAAUUCUGGAGCUGCUGAUAAUCAGCUCGCUUUCAUGAGGGUGUACGUGGGUGUCGAACCCGAAUGUAUUGUGAAUCAAACGAAUCUUGCUGCUGCAUAUGUGGACCAGUCUACAAAACCAGCCAUAAUCUUCAGGAUAGCAGCCAGAAAUGAGAAGGUAGUCUCUUGUUGCACGGUGUUAAUCCUUCUGUGCGAAUGUAAUUUUUACAUUUGCCAGUUUUGUUAGGC